AUGUCACAAUCAGUUGAAGUGUGUAUUAUUGGAGCUGGAGUUUCUGGUCUCAAGGCCGCACAACAUCUUAUUAAGAAUUCAAAAUAUUCUGCUGAGGAUAUAGUUAUUCUUGAAGCACAAGAUAGGAUUGGUGGUAGACUUUAUACGGACCGGACUAGCUCAAAAUUAGGGUACUCGUAUGAUUUGGGUGCAUCUUGGUUUCAUGAUUGUCUCACUAAUGUUCUCUUUCAACAUUUUUAUUCUGGGGAAGAUAAUGAUGUAUUUGAUAUUUCCAAAGAUGGAUAUUUUGACGAUAAACCAGAAUGCAUGUUUGAAAAAGAUUUAACGGGACCUGUUAGUGAAGCCAAAACUAAAGUUGGAACAAUCAUCCAUGAUAUUGAAAAAUUUAUUGAACUUUAUUUCCUUGAACAUUUAUCACUCGAAGAAGACAAGUCUGUGAAGGAAAUGGUUGAUUUAUAUUUACUUAAAUACUCCAAGUUACUUACUGAAGAGGAAAUCAAGUAUGCUAAAGUAGCUAUGAGAUAUGUGGAACUUUGGCAUGGUGUAUCUUGGGACAAAUUAAGUGCAAGAUAUUCUAUUUUGCAACAUCAAGGAAGAAACCUUUUCAAUGCAAAGGGGUAUGAUGUUAUUAUUGAUUGGUUAUUAAAAGAUAUCCCAAGAGAAAGGAUUUUGUUGGAAAGUCCAGUAUCGAAAAUCAACCGUCAUGUUAGUAACCUGGAUAAGCGUAUUUCUGUGGAAACAAAGAAUGGUACUGUCAUUCAUUGUAAUUAUCUCGUGGUUUCUGUUCCUUUGAGUAUUUUAUCACUUGAAUCAUCCUCGGAUUAUGGAAUUACUUGGGAACCUCCAUUACCAGAGACUAUGACCGCAGCACUUCAAAAAAUUCAUUUUGGUGGAUUAGGUAAAGUUGUAUUUGAAUUUGAUUCCAUUUGGUGGGAUAUGAAUCAAGAUAGAUUUUCUAUGAUUCCAAAACUAACUCAAAGCAAUGAGAUUUUUGAAGAAUUGACUUCAUUACCAGAACCUUGGUCGUAUCCUGCAACUGCAAUCAACUACUCCGCUGUUCGGAGUAAACAAGAUGGAACUGCAGCUAAAGGUGGCCUGCUUGUUAUUCUUACUCAAUCACCUUUAUCAAACUAUCUUGAAAAACAUCCACAUGAAGCAUGGACUUAUUUCAAGCCAAUGUUAUCUAAAAUUGCCGUUAAAGAAAUGCCAAACGAACCAAUAACAACAAUUACUACAGAAUGGUCGAGUAAUCCAUACAUCAGAGGUGCAUAUGGAACCAUCUUUACUGGUGACGAUCCUGUGAAUGCAAGCAUCCAACUUUCAGGUCAGGUUCCUGGAGCUGGAAUAAGUAGUUCUACUAUUAGAUUUGCUGGAGAACACACUGCAACUGAAGGUGAAGGAUGUGUAAAUGGAGCAUGGAUGAGUGGUGAAAGAGAAGCUAACUGGAUUAUGGAACAUGCAGGAAAAUCUUUAAAGCCAUUGCUUUAA